AUGACCUGUAAUUACGUAGACAGUAUCUUAAUGACCUAUAAUUACGUCUUCAGUCAUUUUAAUUACCUGUAAUUACGUAGACAGUCUCCUUAAUGUAGAAAUAGAAGAAAAUGAGGAUGAUGAAUUCAAUCUUAAUGACGAGGUAGAAAUCAAACUUGAAGCUUAUGCUGCUGAGGGCGAAAAGCAGAACGGGAAGAAGGUCUAGAGAUACCAGAGGAGAAUCAGAUCAAAGGACUAUGGGAGCGAAGUGCCUGGACUUGAAAUAAAUUGCAGUACAAACUUUUAAUAUGGUGAUUGUAGACACAAAAUAUUCAAGAUUGUGACACAAAAAAUUCAAGAUUGUGACACAAAAUAUUCAAGAUUGUGACACAAAAUAUUCAAGAUUGUGACACAAAAUAUUCAAAAUGGUGACACAAAAUAUUCAAGAUUGUGACACAAAACAUUCAAGAUGGUGACACAAAAUAUUCAAGAUUGUGACACAAAAUAUUCAAGAUUGUGACACAAAAUAUUCAAGAUGGUGACACAAAAUAUUCAAGAUUGUGACACAAAAUAUUCAAGAUGGUGACACAAAAUAUUCAAGAUUGUGAUAUAAAAUUCCUUAUAGCGACACAUUACACUAAUAGUGUCAAGAAUGACUGGCUAAUUUUUAAAAUAAAUGAUUUUAUUUUAUUAAAUUUUUUAUUUUUUAUUUUUUCAGAAUGCAAAAUGGGAAUACUUCCAAUUCAAAAAGAACCCGAACUUAUCCAGGCGAUAUUUCGGCGUGACAAGGGGGCUGUUGAGAGACUAUUAGAGGAAGAUGACCAGCUGGGAACAUACCUGGACAGAGAGAAAAGAUCUCCUCUUCAUGCCGCAGCCUUUAUGGGAGAUGCUGAGAUACUGAGAAUUCUGCUGAAUAAGUCUAAUGCUAAAGUUAAUGUAAAGGAUAAUCUUUGGUUAUCACCUCUGCAUCGGGCAUGUGCGUCUAAGGCUGCAGAGGUAGUUGCUGUUCUACUAGAGGAGUCAGCUGAUGUUAAUGCCAGGGAUAAAAAUUGGCAAACUGCUUUCCAUAUAGCUGCCGCCAAUAAUGCUCUGGGCUGUGUGGAACUAAUUAUUCCAAAGCUGUCAAAUAUAAAUAUAUCAGAUAGAGGAGGAAGAACAAGUUUACAUCAUGCUUGUAACGCUGGGCACACACAGAUGGUAGAACUUCUUAUUCAGAACGGAUUGAACGUUAACAGUCAGGAUAAGAGGGAAAGACGACCUCUACAUUGGGCAGCAAACAAGGGAAAUGAGAUGAUUGUGGAGAUAUUACUGAGUGCUGGGGCUGAUAUAAACGCAAGGGAUAAAGAUGGUUUAACACCUCUUCAUGUUAGCGCAGCACUUGGUCAUUUGAGCGUAGUUUCCUCUUUGAUAGAUGCAGGAGCAUCCAUUAACUCAAGAAAUAGCAAAGGAAACACUCCUGCACACACAGCUGCAUUGAACGGACAUACAGCUGUAUUGGAAGAAUUUCUUGCUGCAGAUUAUGAUAUCCAUUCAACAAACAACAUGGGACACACCGUCCUUCAUUUGUCCGCUGUGGCAACACAAAGUGAGGACUGUCUUCAACUUCUUCUAGCAGAGGGUGCAGAUGUGCAUAGGAAAGCUAGAGAUGGGAGAACCCCUCUGCACAUGGCAGCAAUUCAUGGACGUUUAUCCAGGGUUCAAGCCUUAUUAUCUCAUCAAGCUUCGGUGACUGAAUGUGACGUGUCCGGACAGACCCCGUUACAUAUUGCUGCGUUCCAUGGACAUCAGCUCCUGUUAAAUCUUCUCACGUCGCAGAGUGAUGUAGAUGUAAAGAAGGAGGUUAAUAAAAGAGAUAUGUUGGGACGAACCCCUCUUCAUCUCAGCUCGUUGUCAGGAUAUGUGGAUACAUGCAAGAAGAUUCUGGAACUUGGAGGAAUUAUAGAUGCUGUAGAUGAAACGGGAAGAACUGCGCUCCACAUGUGUGCAUUUAAAGGAAGCAUUGAGACAUUGGAUUAUCUCAUAUCUUCAGGGGCAGACUUUACUAUUACUGAUAGGGCUGGGAGGUUAGCCUUACACUACAGUGCCUUAAACUACCAUCUAAGUUGUAUAGAAACAUUGGUUUCUAAUGGUUCCUUCGUAGACCAUCAAGACAGGGAUGGAUUGACUGCUCUGCAUAUAGCCUGCUGUAAUGAUGAAGAGGGAGGAUGUAUAGAAUAUCUGUUGGGACAUAAAGCAACUCCGUCCAUUACCGAUCUCAAGGGUAUGAAUGCCCUCCACUACGCCGCUGUAUCUGGUAACUGUGCUGGGGUGAUCAAUAUUCUGGAGUUUGGCGGCAGUGAACUAUUCUUUAACAGGAGUUCCCCUGAAGAACAGACUACUCCCCUUCAUCUAGCAGCAUUCAAUAAUCAUAGUGAUGCUCUGGUGAUCCUGGUUUCAAAGUUUAAAAAUGUGAAUGUGGAGGACGGACUAGGGAGAUCCCCCUUGUAUCUGGCCAGCUAUAGAGGAGCGACGGAGUGUGUUUCUAUUCUAAUGGAACAAGGUGAUGGUGCUCAUGUUGCAACUUAUAACAAAGAGGAUGGCCGAACCCCGGUACACGUAGCUUCUUCACAGGGUCAUGUUGACACUGUGAAACUACUGCUGGAGAAUACAGAAGAAGCAAGUGUUGUUGAUUCUACGGAUCUGAAUGGGUGGACUCCACUGAUGCUCGCCUGUCGGUCAGGGCAUGUAUCCUGUAUCAAGCUACUGCUGGAGUAUGGAUGUAAUGUCAAAUCGACUGAUAAUGAGGGAAGAUCAGCUCUUUUUUGGUCACUUUCUUUCGGCCAGGAAUCAGCCGCUGAUGUUCUUAUCCAACAUUCUAAAAAGGAUCUACUAGUAUCUGAUAACCAGGGUAGGAGUCCACUCCAUCUAGCGGCAGGAUCAGGACAGAUAAAUGUACUCUUCUCUCUCCUAGAGUUAGAACCCAGCCUUGCUAAUACUCCUGACAAAGCAGGAUAUACUCCAAUUCAUUACGCUGCUUACCAUGGGCAGGAGGGAGCCCUGGAACUUCUUCUGGAACAUUUUAAUGUAAGAAAAAACCUAACUUUUUCACUUUAUAAUUUUCUCAAUUUUCUUGUAACAUCAUCUCCAUUUUUAGAGUGUCAUGGCUGAUUCACAUCGGUAUCC